CAGGGAGGCAGGUACAGACACCACCUACAUCGAUCUAGCAAACGGCUGAACCUUCUCCAACAAACCGACCUUGUGCCAUCAUCCAUUCCAUUCCUUUUCUCCUAACAAUAGAACCCUCGCCACAAAAGAGCCGACAGCCUCGAACGACGGAAGAUUCCCCUUGACAACGCGCAAGAUCCGAUACCUGUCCAUUAAAGUUGUGCCGCGCGACUGCUCCAUCCCGUUGAUGCCGUCGCCGCUGCGAAUCCUUGAAUGUAGGACGCCAACGCUGUAGAUCACAGCAGCUGCAUCAAGAACAUCGACUCCAUCAUAGUGGGGCAGCCACUUCACUUCACUUCACUCAAACAACCUACAUCACCUAGUACUUCAAGUGCCAGACCUCCACCUACAAUUAGUAUCCUCGCCAUAUUACGCGCGGGCUUCUUGAAUUCCGAAGCCAACUGUAUAAUCCUUGGAGAUCUCCUCUCCGUCAUUCGAAACACUCGCCGACCCCGAUAUCAAACAUCAAACUGGCCCUGCGAGGAGCGCUCCAAACCAUCGGCCUCACCGUCCAGUUAGGGCUCGCCGCCUUUGCUGCUUACAACGCAACCCAAAGGCUGCUGGGCCGACCGACGGCGAUGGCCUCUCCCGGAUUUCCCCCGAGGCAUCUCGAUGCGACAACGGGUAGAGAAGUCGUCUACUGCUAUGGCUGCGAAAACGAGUGGUAUCGUGACGAUUACCCCCAUCUGGACCUAGAAUGCCCCAGGUGUCACAAUGAUUUCGUCCAGAUUGUCGAACCUGACAACGAUCCCCGACCAGGUGUUCAACAACAAGGUCACCGUUCAGACUCGGACCCGGAGGAAGAUGACAUAGAGCAGUUCCUCGAGCGUGGCCCCGGGUCCUUCUUCAUGCGACGAUCGGUGUACCAAUCGCCAGAUAGUCCCUUCAACCGUUCAAGUGGGAACGGUCUUGAGGAUCUUGAUAGCAGUCCGGACCGGCCGCGUGCCCGCCCAGAUGAUCCUGGCGAGGCCGUGUUGUCGCGGUUCGCCGACAUGUUUGUCGAGUUAAGCGGCGCGAGGCCGGGACAGCAAGGGGGAAACGCCUUUGGGACACAGCCGCGGAUACAACGUACAACCUUCACCAGAGCAGGAGACGGCAUGGCUAGCUUUACCUUCACGACCACGACAACUGCAGGAGGCCCAGCGGGAGACGGGCCGGAAGCGCCCGCUUUUGACACUCUGUUUAGGGGUCUCUUUGGCAACAUCCCGCCGCCGGGCGCAGAAGACCCCGGUGGCGGCCAGGGCCAGGGCCAAGGCGGUGGUCCACGAGGGCCUCCUCUUGGAUUUGCCACUGGCCUGCAGGACUUUAUCGCGACAUUGCUGAACCCACAGGCGGCAGUCCAUGGCGAUGCCGUGUAUACCCAGGAGGCACUCGACCGCAUUAUAACGACCCUCAUGGAAGCUAACCCGCAGUCCAAUGCGGCUCCUCCAGCAACGCAAGCCGCUAUUGAGAAAUUACCCAAAAAGAUCCUCGACGAGCAGAUGGUCGGCCCCGAGGGUAAAGCCGAAUGUACCAUUUGCAUCGACGACAUGUACAAGGGAGAAGAGGUCACGGUGCUACCGUGUAAGCAUUGGUUCCACGGGGAAUGCGUCACUUUAUGGCUUAAGGAGCACAACACGUGCCCUAUUUGCCGAAUGCCGAUCGAGGGCAACAACCCAUCCGGGAGCAACAGUAACAACAACAAUAACAAUAACAGCCAACCGUCCGCAUCACGCCAAGAAGCCAGCACCAACUCUGCAUCAGCCUUCGCGUCCUCAUCCGCACCAGGAAGAAACCCCUUUGAAUCACUUAACCCCUUUGGAUCACAAGCCCAAUCGGCCAGAGAGCGACUUCGACGCAGCGAGCAGGAGAGAGAAGAGCGCCUCGAGCGGAUCCGUAACGUGGCUGGUAUUAGGCGUACCGACUCUCAAUCCGAGGGAAUCUCCCGCCGAACUUCACACUCGCCUCCCAGCCGUGAGAACUCACGUUUCGACAUGCGAUCGCGCGAUAGGGACCCGUCGCCACCAAGGGAUAGGGGCACCUCGACGGCCUGGCAGCCGAAUCCGAGCAGCAAUUCUCAGAGCAACAUUAGCAGCAGGUACAGCGGUGGAUUGAACAACUUGUGGGGACGCAAUAACGGUAACAACGGGGAGGGAAAUUCACGGGAUCGAGACGGACAGCAACAGCAAAACCAACAGCAGCAGCAGCAGCAGCAGAGUUCGAGUUCUGGUAAUGGCGCGCUAGGGUGGCUUAGGGACCACUUCGGCCGUGGUUCUUCCGGUUCUGGCUCCGGGGCGGAUCGGGAUAGGGAGCGCAGACGCUGAGCCUGGUCGGAGCGGUCAUGGCAUGUUGAAUUGCGGGUGGCUCGAUUGUACAGUUGUGUAUUACAGGAUCGGCUCAAAUACACAUACAUACAACGAAGGCAAAGGGAACAGACACAUGGAUCGUUGGUUCAUCAUGAUUGGGCUUUCAGGCUUUUGGUGAAUAAACCAAAUAUGGUUCUCAAGGCCACUAGACAGAUCAAUGAGACUGGGAAGUUAACUGGAUCGAACGGAUAAGAAGAGGUUGCGUUGCAGAGCAAGAAUUGCACAUAAAGUGCAAAAUGACGUUCCAGGGCUUGUAUAAUAUAUUUGUCGUUCUUUUUUUUUUUGCUGGUGCUCGUUAUCUGCUUGUUUGGUCGCUGCUUUCCAGCCUUGCUUGCGAUGAUUUUGUCUUUUUUCCCACAUAGCCGGACAUUGACACUUUCUGGUAUCACUUUGACCCAAAGAAAAGGAUUGUAUGACUUAUAUUCUUAGGCAAACCAUCUUUUAUCCUGCC